AUGCAGAACCGCUGGUUCUCGAAUGGCCGUGCUUCCGCCCGGAAUCUACCGCCUCUUGCCGCUGGUGAAGAUCGUCCUCACCCACCCCUCCUCCCUCCCGACCCUCCUGAUCCCUCAACUCCCCUAUCUUUCUCCCAUUUUCCGCCCCUCUCUUCCCCUGUUGCCCGAACUAAUAGAUCUCCGCUACCAACUGCUCCGGCAUCGGAGCCAGUAGAAGGAAGCUCUAUUAAACCCCAACCACCAACUACUGAUGUCGCCAUGGCACAGACAAACCCUACUGUCCCUGUUCAAACUAGAUCUAAACCUGAAAAAACUGGAUCUGGAACUACUGUUCAUUCGAAAUCAACUAUCCCUUUCAAUGGAGUGAAGAAAAUUGUUACUUUAAAUAAGCGUGUCCCAGAGAAGCUACCUGCAUCUGAUGAUGUUGAAAUGCCCCAAACAUCAAACUUGGAGCAAUUGAUCACCUCAGAUACUGCUCCAAAAACCCUCUCCAACAACGAAAACCUAACCAAACUAACCCUCAAAAAGCCAUUCCUAUUCCAGGCUAACAAGGCCUCUUCCAAAGCCUUGCCUAAUACUACCAAACCACCAUCCAUACCCACAAAUAAGACCACCCAACCCACGAAACCCCCUCCCCCUCAAACUGGAGCUAAACCCGAAGCUUCAACCCCCAACCUUGCAGAAAAACUAAGGCACUUUGCCGAUAAAUCCCUAAAACGGCUUGCUCCGAUCUCUUUCUCGGACAAAGGCACGCCUAGGGUCCUCAUUCCGGAUGCUGUUUUCCAGGAAGGAGCUGAAUUACAUAAAGACUUCAUUGUCUGCUACUUCAACGGAAGGGCUCCUCCUUACAGUCAAAUUCAGAGCGUCCUAAAUCAUAUGUGGGGAAAAGGAAAAAAACUGGAGAUACACAACAAUCCUCUUACUAGAUCGAUGAUAGUAAGGAUUCCUAGUGAAUACCUUAGGUCAAAAAUCUUGGAAAAAGGAGCCUGGUAUGUUGGAGACUCUAUGUUCCAUACGGCAAAAUGGACCGCCGGCCAUACAGAAGCUUCCUCCGCCUCAGUAACAAUACAACUCUGGGCUCAUCUGACUGGUGUACCCUUGGACCUGCGUCAUCAGAAAGGCCUAAGUCUAAUUGCAGGACUCAUAGAAGAACCAAAAGAAACAGAUGACUUCACUAAAAACUUGGUUAGUCUCACUCUAGCUCAUGUCAAAGUAGAAGUGAAUAUGACGAAAGAGCUUCCAGAUGUGGUUGAAUUUGAGCGUGAAAGUGGAGAAGUUGUUGAGGUACAAGUGGAGUACCCAUGGCUGCCACCGAAAUGUUCUCACUGUCAUGAGCUAGGACAUAUCGCUAAGAAUUGCCUGCUCCUCCCUCCCCCGAGUAAAGCUGUCCCGCCGUCCCCUUCAAAGGGACAAGAAAGCAAACUUCAAUCUUCCAAGAAACCCAAGACCAAGCCAGAAAACCUCCCUGAAACUGCCUCUCAAACUUCUACCAAGCCUGACCUGGUUUUAACCCCUAAGAUCCCUAACCCAUCAAACCCUCCAGAAAAUCCCUCUGCCCCCACAACCAAUAUCCCUCCCUCAACCCCUCUGCCUCUCCAAUCCCUACCCCAAGCCAUCCCCCCCUCCUCUGCCCUAAACCUAAAACCACCAGUUCCUCUCUUACCCUCAAAAAGUCUACCUGUGAUUCUAGUCCUCCCUGCCUCUAUAACUCCUUCAGGGGAAUUCUACCCGCACAGCCCCCCUGCCCCUGAAGAGAAAUCCUCACUAAAAAGAUCCCGUUCUCAUCCAACCUUAAACUCGUACCUUCCUCUUGGAUCCUCUUCCCUUAACCCCUUCAAAGCCACUUUGGCAGUCCCUGUUUUUGUCCCCCUAAAAAACUCUUUCGCAUCCCUCUCUACUAAAGUUAACCUAUUUCAUGGUUCCUCUAACCCAGAGGAGCCAUCCCCUCCAUCUUAA